CUCCGGAUCUUCCUACAUCCGUAUCCGGGGCGCAGCAGCUGAUCAUCCGCUCAGAGUCCAGACACGCAGACAUGCCUCUCGCAAAAGAUCUUUUACACCCGAGUCCUGAGGAGGAGAAGAGGAGACACAAGAAGAAACGUCUGGUUCAGUGUCCUAACUCCUACUUCAUGGACGUCAAAUGUCCAGGUUGCUACAAGAUCACCACCGUGUUCAGUCACGCUCAGACCGUCGUGUUGUGCGUCGGCUGCUCCACGGUCCUCUGCCAGCCGACGGGAGGCAAAGCUCGCCUGACAGAAGGAUGCUCAUUCAGGAGGAAACAGCACUAGUUGGACCGGACGUGGUCGGAUGCAUUUUAGGAGGAAAAGCUUUGAUGGACAUCAAGCGUCACUGCCAUGAACUGACGGACGAGCAAACCGAACCAAUCAUAACAGCUCGUCCGUCUCCAGAACACGCACACAGAGGAAUGACCGGGCUGCUCGACGCCCCGCAUCUGUUGAUAAUUCCAAAUAAAUGUGUUCUUUUAAUGAAAUCUUACAUGUUUGUCAUCCAGUUUGUCUCUUAGAGGGUCCUUUGAACGCCAGUAAAAGACGUUUGACCCCUUUUUAAAGAUGAAACGCUUGUAGGUUAAGAAGGUUUCCGUCGCCCCUUCAUCGACUGAGUGCACAUUUACAGAGAGGUGAGGGUCAGAGAUUUAUGCAAAUUCCCUUUUUGAAAACACUCGACCAGCUGCGGGGAAAGAGUUGUGAAUCGCAAAUUACAUCAAAGAGCCGAGUUUUACUAUGUAACAGCAGCACUCUGCAUAAUUGAAUAUUGAUUAACGCGCAUUAGAGCUGCGAACACAUCCAGACGUUCACAGUAUAUCUGCGGAGUCGACAGCACAGCGCUGUACGUACUAAUGAUGAUGUCAGGAUUCCCCCUCGGUCUGAAGGAGGGUCAAUUCAGGGAAAAGUCACCGUUUGCUUCUGAAAAAGAACUAUUUUGUGACAUUUAAAUGACAAACAGUACAGUGCAUUUGUGUUUUCUUGCGAAUUUCCUGUAGAAAUAAUGUGCUUUUAAAUUCUUGGGAGGAGAAAUAAUUUCCGAUCGUUGCCUACAGCUUCUGUUGUGGUUCUGUGUGAUUGCGUUGAGUUGCACACUGAUAAAGACAACUUAAAUCAGGGGACGGAGUGAUGAUUUAAUGGUAACUUUGAUGUUGCUAUGGUGUUUUAUUUCUUGUCUUGCUUGUAUAUUGGACACUAAUUCCAAAUAAAAUCAUAGUAAACAUGGAUGUGA